CGUGUGCGAGCCGGGUGCUUCGUAGAUCCUAUCGAUCGCCGGCCACGCCGCCCGGCCGAUCGAUCUUUGAUCAUCGUGUCCGCCGCGAUCACUUGAGGUCGUCGAUCACAAGUGUAAGGAAAGAUCUCACGGAUGAUUCGCGUGAGCAAUGAUAAUGAGACCGGUCGAAUAAAACGAAUCUAGUGAGGGAUUACUCGACGAGAUUAAUGGUGUGUGAAAGAUUUGACGUGGAUCAUUCGAUCGAGGAAAAUUGGAACCACAGUGGAUCACGCGAUUAAGCAUUCAGUGCGCAUUCAUGUAGAAACCGAUGUGAUAUAGAUUCCGAGGCUCCGAGACGCAUUUCACCGGCUCCAAAAUACAUUUGGACGAUAUGACAAACUGCGAUAAAUCACGACUAUUGUGCGGGAUGCAUCUCAUCUGCGUCUGCAUCUUCCUUUGUGUGUAUUUAUCGGCGCCGAUUGCGCGCGCGAGUGACGUAGCACCCACCAUACACUCCACCCCACUGCAAAAUGAGACUUUCAUCGUACCGAAGGAAGACAGAACCCUACCGCUGGUGGGGAAAUGUUGCCCCGUGAACGAAAUCUUCGUAAAAGAUGCAAACGGGAAAUCCACGUGCUUGCCGUCGAAUGAUUCAUCGACGGUGUUCUUUUCACCUUUCUUCAGCGAGUUCAAUCGAAGCGGCGUAUUGGUGCCCGGAGACGAAAAGGAGAAAUUCGUCGCUGUCGUGGGGAUUCCCUGCCGAUACCAAAAGUAUAUGCUAUAUCCGGAGGACAAUAGCGAUGACGAAUAUUAUUUAAUGACAAAUGGUUCAAUAUUCGCGCCGCGUCAUGUGCCGAUUUUGUUGAUGCCCGGCGAGGAUUAUUGCAUGGAAGUUGUGCCCAAAUUAGGACUUCGGGUUUUUGUUUGCUUUCUCGAAGACAUCACUCUCGUAUCCACGGAUGCGCGGAUCACCAUAUACGCGUGUGGACUCUUGAUCUCAGUUCCAUUUCUGUUACUUACCAUUGCGGCGUACAUGAUAACGCCAAGACUGAGGGAUAUCCAUGGUAAAGCCCUUUGCCAUUAUUGCGGCUGCUUGGCACUGGCCUUCCUCACUUUAGCCAUUACGCAACUCGCGAGCUCGUAUCUACCGCUGCAAGUCUGCAUUAGCAUAGCGUUCGUCAUUCAAUUCUCAUUCGUGGCCUGCUUCUUCUGGUUGAACGUGUUGUGCAUCGAGAUAUGGUCGCUGGUACGUCACCUGACACACCAUCGCGCGUACAGGAGAAUCCCGUCCAAAACGCUGUUCUUCUAUUACUCGAUAUGGGCCUGGGGUCCGUCGGCCAUCCUCAUUCUCGUAUCGAUGACGAUGGAGCUCAGUCCCACGAUACCCAUGACCUACGUCAAGCCCACUUUCGGCGAGAACUGCUGGUUCAAGUCCGAUGCAGAAGCGAUGCCGUACUUCUACGUGCCAGUCGGCCUUCUCCUACUGGGUAACACAAUUCUCUUCAUAAUCACGGCCGUCAAAAUCAGCCGCUACCAGCAGGAGCUCACGCUGAGACGCCUGGCGAGGAACCAGCAUUCUGAUCGCGAGGAUCAAAGGCUGUUCCGCAGACUUAAGCAGACCUUCAUUGUCUGCCUGGUGCUCUUCUUCCUGAUGGGUCUCAAUUGGAUAAUGGAAUUGAUCUCCUGGUGGGCCGGCGGCAAUCCUCUGGACUGGUCGGCUUUCGAUCUGGUGAACGCUCUUCAAGGCGUCCUCAUCUUCGGCCUGUUCGUUCUGCGAAGGCCGAUCAGGGACUUCGUCUGGCAUCGGAUACAGAAGCUACGGGGCAUCCACACCACCGAACCGGAUCUCGGUAGCAUGGACUUAGCGCUACUGCCUGUGAUAAACGGCAACUCUUUGCCGAGACAGACCGUCGUUCAAUGAUAAUUCAGGAAGAAGGAAAGGUCGUUCUGUUUGGAAAAGUGAAAAUGCGGUUCAUUCGGUACGCAUGUACGCGUACCGCUAGAGUAAUAUCAGCCGUGAACUUGAAACGAUCGAUAAACUGAUAAUGGAAGCCCGGUGGAAGGGACCCAAAUGUACAGUAUCGCGAUGAGAUGGAAGUUAUUUUAAGUCCGAGCCACGAAUGCGGAAUGGGACAAUCUUCUUGACGAUGACGUUGACGAGGAGAGAAGACGUGAAACGCCGCUAUGUGUGUCACCGGUGUGAUUCCAUUGCGAGAUUUUGCUCGAAACCCACCUAAGUUAAUUAAUUUCACGGAAUUAGUCCGCGAGAUGCAACGCACGAAGUCUACUGGGAGGAGAUUAUUUGUAUUAAACUGAUUUGCACGUUUUGUUAAGUAACAACUCUAGUCUUCUUCAACGGACGGUAUCUACAAUUAGAGAUACCAUUACAAUGCAUGUGUCGAUAAGCAGCGUGUUUUCCUCUGAACGGAACCAUCCGCGCGCUGUGCACAAAGAGACAGAGAGAGAGAGAUCCACCGUUCGAUAUGCAAUACAAAUUUACGCGUAUUGCUCGUAGUUAAAUCGCAACGCGGUGGAUAAAAAUAAAAUUUUAAGAAUGCAUAAACAAGUGCUACGCAAUACCUAUGUUAUUUGUCUUUUUCUCAUGAGAUAACGCCACACGCACGCGACAAUCGUGCACUGAUUGUAAUAAUGCCACCGUGGGAAAGCGGAUAAUGAAGAAAACAACCUGAAUCAAGGAUCUCCCGAGUGAUAAACGCGGGAUUGGUAUAAUAAUAAGUCUGGAUAAGACUUGGCCAUGAACAUAUGUGUUAAUUAAGAGAUCGAGAGACAUGCUAUGAUAUAACAUAAUAAUGAUGUAUCAAAAUACAUCGCGAUAUAUACGAUACUUAUAGUUUUAUAACUCUCGCUGUUGAUACGAGGUGUGAUCAAAAAUCGAGACUGAUUAUGUAAAAAAACUUUAUUGUUUAUUAAUAUAAAUUUAAAUUUAAAUAAAUGUAUAUUUAAAUUUAAAUUCUUUUCUUGGGCACCUAUACAUUUAUGCCAGCGAUUCUUCCAUUCGAAACACUUUCUAAACGCAUUUUUCGGAAUGAUCUUUAGACGACUCGUCGCAUUUUCUUUUAACGACUCUAUUCGUUCGAGGGCCGAGGUAUCGACUAAUGAUUGAAGGUUGGUCUUUGUACUAUAAAAAGCAGAAAUUCCAGACUUACGCGCAGAAACGAAUUUCUAUUUUUUAUUAAUAUUUUCCUAUUUUUCCUAUUUUUUGUUAACCGAAAUUAGCAGAGUUAUACAACCAAUCUCGAUCUUUUUGAUGACACCUCGUGAUAACUUCACGCCGAUUCAAUUACGUUCUCAUAUUUAGCGCACGGCAGCUUGAACUCUCGCAUUCCACCGAAUCGAACAAAAUUAUGAGAAUGUGUCCAAAAUAAAUGUUUAAACAAAUUUACACAUUCCAUUAAAUACGAUAAAAUGUAGAACUACUAAUUUCGCCGUCAGUCGUCAAUAACAUCGUAACAUAAUAAUCGAAUUCAGUGGAAUGCAGAUUUCACGCAACAUUAUUGCUUUCGCACUGUGUUCUUGUAUCAUAUAAUGCAGCUUGUAUAUUAUUUAUUGUCGUAUGAUAGGCAUUAAUAAUUUAUUUGAUAAAUCACGCAUAUAAUAGAACAACAAGGCAAUCAAGAAUCAAGAAAGACGAAUAAAAAAUAUUAACGUCC